GCUGUAGCUCUCUCUGCCGGCCUCCCUCUUCUAUGAUGAUCUACAGCAGCUUCAGAUACUCGGCACGGGUGGGGGGUCGGCGAGCGAUGUGCCCGGCUGCUCUAACAACAGUGGGGUGCAGACAGCAGCAGCCGCCAGGUGGAAGCCGAGCGUCAGCAGCUUUCAGCAACAGGCCCGCUGCGCAGCGCCGCACGCUCAGCGGCAGCGUUCGUGACAUCGGCAUGGGAUCAUCGCCAAGGUUCAUGUCCAAGCACCCAGGGUUUGGCAGCAGCAAUCACUCGAUUCACCAUGGAGUUGAAAAGGAUACGCCGCCUCCACCACCAAAAACAGCACCACCAGCCACAACGACAGCAAUUGCCGCCAAGGCUUCGACGCUGGCGGACAGGUGGAAGGCAGCCAGAACCAAGGUCACCGCGGAGUACCUGAAGCGAUUCAUGAAGAAGUACGGCCGCGUGGCCGCCACGUUCCACAUCUCCGUCUUUCUCGGCACCCUCGGCACCUGCUACUGCCUGGUCGACUACGGCGGCCUCGACAUCGCGGAGCUCGUCAAGGACGUGCCCAUCCUCGCGGACAACCUUCCUCCCGCCGGCGCCGGCAACCUGGCCAUAGCGUACGGGAUGACCAGCGCGAUCGGUCCCCCCCGGGCGGUGUUGACCGUGACGGUGACGCCGCGGAUAGCCAGGUUCUUGGCGGGGCGAGAGGAGCGGAGAAAGGCGAGGGAGGGGGGGGCGACGCCUAAUUGAAGAGGCGUUAUGUCGACUGUGCUGCUGGCGAGCUUUGGAAAGUGGUCCAUCUUCUAGUGAUUUGUCCCUCUCUCUCUUUAAGUAGCGAGUUCGUUUGACGAUAGGUGCGCACCGUCGUGGUGUUCGCCUGGAGUGGUUUCUCUUGUUAUAGUGGUUAAAACUAUUUCCGGGUUGGCAUUUGUCGGGCUCGUUGCAGGCGUGUAUUGCAACAGUGUACAAUGUUUGAGGGCUCCAACGAUUGGCGUCGUGGUGAUGAAACUCGGGUCGGGCGCAGGCCUCGCGCCACGCCCUUUUGUUUUUUUUCAAGUACAUACCAAGUUUAUGUUACAGUUAAAGUUCGUUGUUCGCCAAGAUACGAGCUCUAGACAACCAUGAAUGUCUCGUCAGACUUGGAGUUGGUCGUGUAGCAAGCAGCUUUGCCCAACCAGUUGUUCAGAACAUAAUGUCCAUCUGUUGUAUUUCCGCUCUUUUAACCUGUUGAACAAAAAUAGACUUCAACGAGCGAUUGUUUGAGUACGGUUGUAUCUUUUGUUUGGGUAAGACCUCGCUGUGACGUUGAUUAAUUUUGGACGAGCUCUACUCGAUGUGCUGCCUAUUGUGGUAUAUUUUCACGUUGUGUAUUUGCAUUGUUGAUUAUCAGCGCCCACUGGUCUCUCCCUGAGCAGCUUCUACCUUCCAGUCGGUGGCCUGUGUAAAUGUUUCCGGCAGCAGUCACUGCAAUAUGAUACACUUAAGGGCCUCACACCCAAGGGUUGUUUUUGAUAAGACUGGGUCUUCAAUUUCCCCGCUGAAGUGGACAACGGUUCUCGUCCGGGUGCAUGCAGUCAGACUAGUUCCUGGCAGGUUUUGAGACGAGCUGAGGGAAGCACGCCAAAACCGAAGGCCAAUGCCCAAGUGGGAGUUCUCGCCUCAAGUUGUAACUAGUGGUAGCUGAUCCCAGCGCUUCAGCACGCAUGUACCGGAAGAAGCUCGAUUGUGACAUGUGACCCGAACGGCAGUAGAUCCGCUUUCUGCGUGCAUCGAGUUGGUGAGAGAGUCGAACUGAUCGGUUAUAGUCUCCCAUCUCAGAGAGUUAAGCCACGCGGCUGGUGUUGAUUUGGUGCUGCUGAGCAACCACGUGUUGGGCUGGCACAUUCCAGUCCAUAGACGCGUGCGGAACCCUACAGCCUAUCACAGUGAAGUGGAUGUUUUCUCUUGGAGCUAACGUCGGGAGGCGGAGGGACAUG